GCCCGGCAUCUCCACCACCUUUUUCGCCUCCCAAUUUUGAGCCAGACCAUAUGAUGGAACUCGGCCAGCCCAGGCAAAGUCUUGAAGAAGUCGUCCGGAGGUACCAACAACCCCAUCGCACAAACAGUCAUGUCGCUUAUACGGCGUAGAACGAAUCUCCAGGUACAGUUCGUCAACGGCUUGCUGUCGCCUGCGGCACGAUACGGUCAGCUACAUCCGAAAAUGUGCAACGAUUCCAGAUUCCCAGCUGACUUCAACGCUCCUCGUACGAUUGAGGAGGUACGAGCCAUGGAUCGUACGCUCUUUCCCGUUCACCUACACAGCCGAUACUGAUGACUGCCUAGCUUCAACAAUCGACCGGAUACUUCGAUCAUACAAUCUACCAACUGACUUGCGCACUCUGCGCUUACCCGGGCAAGGCACAGUGACUCCACGGAUGGUGCGUCAGGCCAAGUUGUGCA